UUCUCCUGAUCCCAGACUCUGGAAACUCUGAGACGCCAGGGGUUCAUGUACUGGAAAAAUGAAGUGUUGUCCCCUCUUUCAGAGGGAAAUAAAAUUCUGUCCGAAGGAAUCCCAACAAAGCAGGUGAUCUCCACCGAGCACCAGAGCACACCGGGAGCCUCGCGCUGCAGUGUGGACUCUAAGCACACGCCAAUGUCUCACUCAGACGGAGAAUCCCAGCGGUCCAACAUGGAGCGGGAGGACACUCGCUCUUCCCCCAGCACUCCGUCCACCCCCUCCGUGUGCUCGCCGACCUCCACCACCAGCUCGGUGCCGUCCACCGGGAAGAACCUGUGCGCCAGCUGCGGUCUGGAGAUCCUGGACAGAUACUUGCUGAAGGUGAACAACCUGAUUUGGCACGUGCGCUGUCUGGAGUGCUCAGUGUGCAGGACGUCACUACGUCAGCACAGCAGCUGCUACAUCAAAAACAAAGAGAUCUUCUGUAAAAUGGAUUAUUUCAGUAGGUUUGGUACUAAGUGUGCCCGCUGCGGGCGACAGAUAUACGCCAGCGACUGGGUGCGGCGUGCAAGGGGAAACGCAUACCACUUGGCAUGUUUUGCCUGCUACUCGUGUAAGAGGCAGCUGUCCACGGGAGAAGAGUUUGGUUUGGUGGAGGAGAAGGUCUUGUGCCGAAUCCACUACGACACCAUGGUGGAGAACCUCAAACGAGCAGCUGAGAGCGGCAACGGCAUCACAUUAGAGGGAGCAGUUCCAACAGAACAAGACAGUCAACCCAAACCGGCCAAAAGAGCACGGACAUCGUUCACCGCAGAACAGCUACAGAUCAUGCAGGCACAGUUUGCUCAGGACAACAAUCCGGAUGCCCAGACGCUACAAAAACUAGCCGACAUGACAGGCCUAAGCAGAAGAGUCAUACAGGUGUGGUUUCAAAACUGCAGAGCAAGACAUAAAAAGCACACGCCCCAGCACAGCGGGGCUCCUCAAGGUCAUCCUCAGUCCAGGAUACCCUCAUCUCUGCCCGAUGAGCUGCAUUACUCUCCGUUUGGCAGUCCCGAGCGCGCGCGCAUGGUGGCCCUUCAUGGGUACAUUGACAGUCAUCCCUUCUCUGUCCUGACCUCUCAGAGUCUCUCUCAUCAGGCCAUGUCGCUGCCUCAGCUGCCCCUCAGUCGCUAGUUCUCCGACAUGGCCCUUAUGACCCCUGACCUCCCGAUCCCAACCCCUGAUCUAACAUCAGUGAUGUCUCAUGAACCAACUCGAAGGUCAUCCAGGAGUCAGCGUGGAGAAGAGACAAAUAUUGCAGGAGCCUUGUCCACUGAAACCAGAAAAAAAGAGAAAUGGAUGAACGAGAUAAAAGCUAAAAACCAUCUGUGAUUAUGUUCUUUUCUGGGGAUAGGACUUCCAAAAAUGACUUUGAAGCGUUUAUCAUUAAACUCACAGACUAUGUUUCACACGGACCCUUUUGCUUCACGUGUACAGCAUCCUCCACUCUACUCAGCCACCAUCUAAUGUGGAGGUGAAGGGAGCUUUAAAAGGAUAAACUGAGCAAGGAAACUUCUUGAAGUGCUGUCAAAACACGAAGAGAAAUUUAAAGGGGAACUAUCUUUGUGGCCCUAAGGCCACAGUAGACCACAUUAGAGGUAAGGCUCCUGGCUCUUUUCUCUCUAAGCAACCAUGAAGGAAUC